CGCUGCAAUCGCAGUGUGUCAAAACAAUCGUCAGUUUUUUCGUCGGAGGUGCAAAAGUGAAGAAAAUUGCGCAAAAAAGCUCUCUUUUUGCCAAUAUCUACCGCAAUGGCUGGUGAAAAUAUAUCACGGCUCCUUUCUCUCGCCAGGAGAUUUAAUAUAUUCUACCUAGAAGGACUCCCACAGCGCAGCUGUCGGCCCUUUGUGGUGGAUGGGAAGCAAGUGGGACUCAUUAGGCAGGAUGUUGUGAAGCAAUUGGUGAAGUAUCCGGAGGUGUUCAGUAUCAAGCAGCUGGAAGCUGAGGAAUAUGCUGGCUACAUCGAACUCAAUCCCGCCUUCAGGGACUACACAGAGCGCUCGAGGACGGUGGAUAAAGUCCUGCGGGAAUUGCGGGAAAUGGAUGUAUUUGUGGCCCUGAAGGGCUGGCGCGAUGAAUUCUACGAAGUCAAGACGAAGCAUCUGGCCCUCCUGAAGAUGGAUCGAUCGGCCACGUGCUUGUUCGGCGUGAGGAACUACGGAGUCGACAUCAAUGGAUACGUCAAACAUCCCAGCCGGGGUCUCUGCAUAUGGCUUCAGCAGCGAUCGGACACCAAACAAACCUGGCCAGGGAAAUGGGACAACAUGGUUGGCGGAGGAUUGUCUGUGGGGUAUGGGAUUAAGGAGACUGCCAUCAAGGAGGCUGCAGAGGAAGCUUCAAUUCCUGAACAUUUGACACGAAAUCUCGUAUCGGCGGGAUGUGUGUCAUUUUUCUUCGAAAGCGAACGCGGCUUAUUUCCAAACACUGAGUUUGUCUUUGAUCUCGAACUACCCACGGACUUUGUGCCCAGCAAUUCGGAUGGUGAGGUGCAGGCAUUUGAACUGCUGCCGGCCAAAGAAUGCUACGAGAGACUCUUCUCGCCUGACUUCAAGACAACGAGCUGCCCUGUGGUCAUUGAUUUUUUGAUCAGGCACGGGGUUAUUACACCAGAAAAUGAGCCAAACUUCACCCAAGUUGUGGAAUUGCUGCAUGUUCCCCUUCAGACUCUCUAUGAGUUCGACGUGACCCGAAUCACGGAGAAUCAUGAGAAUGGCCAACGAAAUCUUCCGCCAGCAUAAAUAAAAGAAAAAAAAACAUCGAUUGACGAGCCUUCAGCAUAAAAAAGGUAAUAAUUGAAAGAAAUCCAAUUUUAUACCAAGUAAGGACACACACACAUUUUUUAGCAAUUUUCUUACUUAGGGAAGAUGAAAAAAACAAUUUCAAUGCUUCUGAUUUUUUUCCAAAAAAAAAAAUAUAGUCAUUGAAAAAAAAACUAUUUAUCCCAAAA